CCACCACAAACAACACCAAACAUAUGUAGUUCGAUCUUCAAGUCGAACUUUACUGGAAAAUAAUCUUACAUUCUGCACAAUUUCAAUAUCGUUCAAUUCGUAAUCAACCCAACAAAAUGGAUGAAAGUAUGACUGAUCGUUAAAGGGUAUUACUCCAUCAAACGUUAUAUUCUCAAGGGGUCCAUUCAGUGCCAUAGAGUUUACGGCUAUAUCUAAUAGUAUCCACAUAUCUCUUCGGUGUAGCUCUUCUACUAGAUUUUUAAAAUCUUCUUUUGUUCCAUAAUGGUGAUUCAGUUCAUACAGGUUUUUAGUCCAGUAUCCAUGAUAGGACCAACCAUCAAUCUUAUUUCCCUCUUCAUUUUCGAAAACAGGAGAUAUCCAUAUCUAAAUGUCAGCCUUAUUAUACUUGGUUUGUUUUGAGCUUACCGCAUCAAAGCCCAUGUCUUGAAUAUAGUCAAGAUGAUCUCGAAUUCCAUUCCAAGUUCCUCCACAAUACAUAAAGCGAGCUGGAUCACAUGGAAUCCGCUCAUGCGUAUCUUUAUUUAAAGAGAAUCUAUCGGUAACAAUCUGGUAUAUCGAUCUUUGUUUCCAUUCUUCAACGCUGUGUCCUGCUAGCGAGAGUUGAAGAAGACUGAACAAGAAAACACAAAAGAUGGACAUUUUAAUUAUAAAUACGUCCAUUCUUCUUAUAAAUCUAUUUUUGUUAUUGGGCUACUAUGCUGGAUGGUUCUAGGUAUGGUCAAUGGCUGCUUGUUUUUAUUUGUGUAUCAGUAUGCACAAAUGUAAACAAACAUUGGGACCUACUACAAAUUGUUAUUUUCCUCUAACAACAACCAAACAAAAGCAUCUAUCUUUUUCAUAAGUAGAGAAUUCCUUUCUUUCUUUCGUUUGAGAAACCUCCUUUUGUAUCGUGAAAUUAUUAAAUUUAAUAUACCUGCUUAUGGUAAAAGGAAUUUAUUUAAAUCUUUCUCUUAUUUUUUUCAAAAAGAGUAUUAGACAAGUCUUUGCUAAGAGUGGUUUUCUUUUUUUUCUGUUCUUUGUAAGAAACGUUUUCCUUCUUUCUCCAUAGAGUCUUAUAAGCGAGAAAAGAAUGAUUCCUAAACGUUUCUCAUUAUUUCACUGUUUAUUAUUCGUCUACUUGUUUAUAUUUUGUUGCCUUCGUGUAAGCUCUUCACCAUUUGAUUUGUCUAAAGUACCAUGGAAUUUAAAUACUAAUGAAGUUGCAACCGAUCCCAUUGAUUACUCUGGAGAAUGGGAGAAUCAUGAUUUUUUCCCUAGUCCUGAAUCAUGGAGAUUUCCUAUAUACACAAUUGCUUUGGAUAAAUGGGUUGAUGGUGAUCCAACCAAUAACGACAUCAAUGGCACUAGAUUCGAAUAUGACAUGUAUGAAACACAAUUUCGAAAUGGUGGUGAUAUUAUUGGAGUAAAGAAAUCAUUAGAUUAUCUUCAAGGCAUGGGUGUCAAAGGUGUCUAUCUUGCCGGUACGCCAUUUGUAAAUUUACCUUGGGGUGCCGAUCAAUAUUCCCCUCUGGAUUUUACUUUGUUGGACCCUCACUUGGGAACAAUUGCCGAUUGGAGGAGUACCAUUGAAGAAAUGCAUAAAAGAGAUAUGUAUAUUAUUGUAGACCUUACUGUUGCAACGCUUUCCGACCUUGUUGGAUUUCAAAACUAUGUUAAUACUACAACUCCUUUUUCUUUAAUGGAGCAUAAUGCCAUAUGGAAAGGCGAGCACCGUUAUCGAGAUUGGAAGUUUCAGAAUGAGUGGGACUUUGAGUGUACCCUUCCAAAGUUCUGGGGUGAAGAUGGAUACCCUGUUGUUUUAGAAUGGAAAGGUUGCUAUGAUUCUGAUUUUGAUCAAUACGGAGAUACAGAAGCCUUUGGUAGCCACCCUGACUGGGAACGGCAGCUGUCGAAGUUUGCUUCGGUACAGGAUCGAUUGAGAGAGUGGAAACCUUCUGUAUCCGAAAAACUAAAAAGGCUUUCUUGCUUAGUUAUUUCUAUGCUCGAUGUGGACGGAUUCCGUGUUGAUAAAGCUACGCAAAUGACCGUUGACUUUUUAGCUGAUUGGGCUGAUAGUAUUCGGGAUUGUGCUAGAAAGCAUAAUAAGCACAACUUUUUCAUUCCAGGUGAAGUUACGGGAUCUUCAAGUUACGGUUCUAUAUAUUACGGGAGGGGUAGAAAACCCGAUCAGCGACCUUCAGAUAUUCGUAAUGCCUUUAGUAUUACACCGUCAAAUGACUCUUUCUUUUUACGAGAAAAGAGCAAAAAUGCAUUGGAUGCAGCUGCUUUUCAUUACUCUUUUUAUCGUAUUUUACUUCGAUUCUUGAGAAUGGAUGGCUUGAUGGAAAUAUCAUUCGAUUUGCCUACAGACUUAACAGAAGCUUGGGAAACAAUUGCAAUUAAUGAGGAUUCAAUAAACGCUAUGACUGAAAAGCAUGACCCACGGCAUUUAUACGGUGUCUCAAAUUACGACGUUUUCCGUUGGUCUUCGGUUACGGAUGGAUCUGGAAGAUUAAUUCUCGGUACAAUGAUAUCUUUUUUCCUUUUCCCUGGCAUUCCAUUGAUAUAUUAUGGAGAUGAACAGGGUUUGUAUGUUCUUGACAAUCGAGCCGACAAUUAUUUAUAUAGUCGGCAGCCUAUGUGUUCUUCAGUUGCUUGGUACAUCCAUGGGUGCUAUACUGGAAGUUCCUCUACUUAUCAGGCAAUUGAUCUUACUCCCGCCCGACACGGUUGCUUUGAUGCGUGGAAUACGCUAGAUCACUUUGACGUUGCUAAAGUUGAGAGGCAAGUCUUUAUUGAGUUCCAAGAUAUAAGAAGGAGAUAUCCGGCUUUAGUGGAUGGUUGGAAGUCUGAAAAGUUAGGAAAUUGGACUUAUGAUGAAUAUAUGCCCAACAGUGGAGCGAAUCCGACGACAGUUGGUAUCUUUAGUGUUGUAAGGGGUUCCUUGUUGCCUAUACAAGACUUAAAAACCGAGUAUUCCUCUUCCUCAAGUCAUGGAAUAUCGGUAACUGAUGUGUGGAUGUUAUUUACUAAUCACAACCAUUCCGUCGAGUUGAAUCUGGAUUGUAAGUCUGAGCUUGCGAAUAUAGCACCAUUUGAGACUGGAACAACGAUAAAAAAUCUCGUUUUUCCGUAUGACGAAUAUGUGCUACAAGAAUCAUCUACUACAGUCGGUCCUUCAAGUGAUUCAUUUGCUGGUUGUCUUCCGAAAAUUUCACUUGAUGCUUAUGGUUUCAAGUUAUUUGUCCCAAUUGACGAAUAUAUCCCUCGGCGCCCUAUAAUUACCAAAUUUUCCCCCAAGCAUGAUUCCAGAAUUGUUAAUACUCAUGGAAGGGUUAAUGUUAUUGUAGAAUUUUCAGAGAAAAUGAGCUGUGAGUCAGUUACUGAAAGUAUAUACGUUACAUCUAGGAGUCGACAUCAUGUCCCGGCAGAGUUUGAUUACGGUUCGAUUGCAUGCGAAGAAAUAAUUUCCGAGGAUCAAUUACGCUUUACAGGACAGCCCGAUAGCAGAUUCAGGUGGUCAGCUGUGCUAUCUAAUCUUCAGGAUGGCAUACACCAAAUAACUAUUUCAAACGUUACUACCAGUGAUGGAUCAGCAUUUACUGAUUCAGUUGAUCAUUUUUUGCUGCGAAUUGGGUCACUUAACAAUCCUUUAAUUUUUCCUACUGCCAAUUACUCUUUUGAUUUGUUAAAGCUAGAGGGAGAUUCCUUGCUUUUAAAUCAUUCUGCUGAUGGUGCUGAUCUUUUUCGAUACUCACUGGAUUUCGGAUCAAGCUGGUCGUCAUGGCUAGAAUACAAUGGUACAUUUACUCGAUGCUCUCUUACCAACUGGUCGGGCCCUAAUCGUCAAAAAUGGACGGGUCAUCAUGUUAUGGUACAGUACUGGAGUGAGUUAACUGGUUCUGCAAACCACAUGCAAGAAUCUGAUGUAUCUUUUCCUCAUAAAAGAUGGUUCCCUCAGAUGUAUUUGGACAGUGAAAUAACUCAAUGGGCGUACGAUUCGGAUGAGCGAAACAGGAUGGCCAUGCAGGAGAAUGGAAGUUUUAUCGGGCAUAUUAUAUCUGACUCUUAUCCUUCGGCUUUUCAAUUCAAUGUAUGGGGUUUGGAUAAAAGAGGUAAGCCAGAUCCAUCUUUCAUUUAUGGUAGUUUAAAAAAUGAUUCAUUUCUGUCACGAGCAAGUCCUUCCGCAUUAGAGGACAAUGUUUUUUAUGUGCAAACUGCACCUCCCAAAAAAAGCUUAUCGUGGAAAGUUACGUUUGAUCCUCAAGCACGUCGGCUUUACACCCAUCCAUCAGGAUCUAUGUAUGUUUCCAUCGGAAUUUACGUCUCUUUCAUCAUUGUUCCUAUUCUUUCGGGCUUAGUUUCUGUGUUGCUUUUUAAAAGGCUGUUCUAUCACGUAAAGUUCAAUGACUUUGGGAAAGGACACAUCGAUAAAUACUUUGUUGAUUUUCCUGAGGCAGAGAAGAGUAGUAAUAUCAUGUUUAAAAUGAUGGAUUUUCCAAAAAUGAUGGGCAUGAAAAAGAAAGGUGUUUCGCAAGGUAAUAGAAAAACAAUACUUCUCGCUACUCUUGAAUACGAUAUUCCAACUUUGAAAAUCAGAAUUAAGAUUGGUGGAUUGGGUGUUAUGGCACAGUUAAUGGUUAAGAACUUGGAACAUCAAGAUCUGUUAUGGGUUAUUCCAUGUGUUGGUGAUGUGAUAUAUCCUGACAUGGAACGAGACGAUCCAAUUACUGUGGUAAUUAUAGGACAAUCCUAUUUAAUUAACGUAUACCGAUAUGUACAUCGAAAUAUAACAUACUUGCUAUUGGAUGCUCCUGUUUUUAGAAGACAGACAACAUCUGAGCCUUAUCCUGCUCGAGUCGAUGAUUUGAGUUCGGCAAUUUUUUAUUCUGCAUGGAAUCAAUGUAUAGCUAAUAUAAUGAGGAACAAGAAAGUUGAUUUGUAUCACAUAAACGAUUAUCAUGGAGCGUUGGCUCCAGUUUACUUGCUGCCGAAAGUUAUCCCAGUAGCUCUUUCGUUGCAUAACGCUGAAUUUCAAGGACUUUGGCCUCUAAGAAGUCCGGAAGAGGUGGAAGAGGUUUGCUCCGUUUUCAAUAUUCCCCUGGAUGUGUGCUCUAAAUAUGUCCAGUUUGGUAAUGUUUUUAAUUUAUUGCAUGCUGGUGCGUCCUAUAUAAGAAUCCAUCAAAAAGGAUACGGUGUUGUCGGUGUAUCGAAGAAGUACGGAAAGCGUUCUUGGGCGAGAUAUCCUAUUUUUUGGGGACUACGAAAGAUUGGCAAGCUUCCAAAUCCAGAUCCGUCUGACAAAGGUGAGGGGAUUCUUCAGGUAACUGAUGAGUCUCUGCAGGCUCUUGAGCUUACGAAGGAGGAGCAUAAAAGACAAACUCAAGAAUGGGCAGGUUUGGAAUUAGACCCGGAUGCGGAUCUUUUAAUCUUCGUUGGGCGAUGGUCCAUCCAAAAGGGAAUAGAUUUAAUUGCUGAUAUAGCACCUGUGAUCCUUGAAAACUAUAAUGCACAGAUUGUUGUAAUCGGUCCUGUUAUCGAUCUAUAUGGUAAGUUUGCAGCUGAAAAGUUUGAAGCUUUGAUGCAGAAAUAUCCACGACGGUUAUUUUCACGGCCCGUUUUUACACAACUUCCGCAGUAUAUUUUUAGUGGUGCUGAUUUUGCAUUAAUUCCUUCAAGAGACGAACCUUUCGGUCUUGUUGCUGUCGAGUUCGGGAGAAAAGGUACUCUUGGAAUAGGAGCUAAUGUGGGCGGUCUUGGUCAAAUGCCUGGCUGGUGGUAUGCAGUGGAAUCAAACACAACCUCACAUUUGUUGAAACAAUUUGAGCAAGCUUGUCGUCAGGCUUUAUCCUCUACGAGAGAGACUCGUACAAAGCUACGUGCUGUCUCUGCAGUUCAGAGGUUUCCCAUUUCCGAGUGGGUUAUUCGUUUAAAUAAGCAUAUCGAUACUUGCAUAAAACUCUGUAUAAAAAACAACCCUGAAAUCUUACAUGGAAAUUCUGAACAUCAAAAUAACUUCCAGCCUUCUUCUCUUGAUGGCGAAGGAUUUGAACGAGAUCUGCAAGAAGUGGAACCUGAAAUACAGCAAUUGGAUCAAAUGGGGAAUGAAGAAUUAAGUAGUGCUUUAAUGGGAACUAUGAAACCACAUGAAAACGAACUAUUCAGUAUAGGGGAAGAAUCGAAGAAUGACAAUAUAUUAAACGUGUCUUCAGAGAGUUUGGAAAAGGUUUCAUCCUCAAGUUUUGAUGAUCUGCCUCGUCGUGAUGAAUAUCGAAAUCAACUAAUAGAAUUUGACUUAAUGCAACCACCUUCAGAGCAGAGUACUGAGGAAAACUAUCAUCAUUCAAAUACCUUAAGUGAUAAUGCUAAGAAUGAUGAAAUUGUCGAUGUUCCAGAUCAAGCGAAUCCAUCAAAUAUCAUCUCAGAAAGUGAUUUGAAGCUGGAUGAUAUAUCAAAAUCUUAUGAAGAGGCUAAUAGCAAGGCUUUUGAAUCUUCGGACAUGUUUCUUCCACACAAUAGCUCUCAGCUUAGCAUCGCGUCUGUUCGGUCUAAUUUGCGUGAUUUUUCCUUGACAAAGGUCCCUAGAAAAUUUGAUGAUGAGGAUGGUAAAGCUUUAAGCGUCUUUGCUGAACGGUUGCAAUAUUUAAAUCCAAAAAGUUCUUUAACUGAGCUCUGCAUUGAUCACUUUAUUAUGAAAUGUACCCGGAAAUACUUUACGGAGGUAAAGCGCUUACAGCUUGGAUCUUUAAAACCAGAAAAGCUUCACUUUUUUAAUGAUGUAACGGUAACUAGUUCCAUAAAUAGUUUGCCUGAAUUGGUGCGAAGUGAAGAUGUUCAUAAUUCCCUCAACGAGAAUGAAAUAAGUAAAGAAGCAUUACAACCACAGGACAAAGAGGAAGCUGAAUAUGUCUACGAGUUUGAGCAAUACUAUGGUUGUCGCAAGCUAUUACAGUAUCAAGUCUUUGGUUGGCCUAUAUAUACGAUAAUCCUUGCUUUAGGGCAGAUUCUGGCCGUAACCUCGUUUCAACUAAGUCUUUUAUCAGGAAGCUCAGAACAAUCGGUAAAUUUUCUAUACAUUGUGUGUGGGAUUUAUGUUGUGUCUACCUUCUUUUGGUAUGUCAUGCACUGUUUAGUUCCUAGUAUACACUGCUUGGCACUUCCGUUCAUUGUUUACGGGCUUGCAUUUUUCUUCGUCGGACUGGUUAGCUUUGAAAAGUUGGGUGACACCAGAAUUUGGCUAGCGCGCAUUGCAACUUGCAUCUACGCAGCUGCUUCAGGAAGUCAGGCUUUAUUCUUCUCAUUAAACUUUGGCGAUGAAGGAAACUAUGAUGUUUUGUAUUGGGUUAUUCGAGCUUGUUUCAUACAAGGAUGCCAGCAACUAUGGUCAUCUGCAUUAUGGUAUUGGGGUUCAUAUAUGAACUCCAAACCUAAUAAAUUUGGAGUUUCAGAACAAGUACAUUCUGUUCGUUGGGUAUACGCUAUUGUAUGGUCUAUUUCUUUGAUGAUGUUGUGCUUUUCGGUAUUGCUUUAUAAAGGACUACCAAGGUUUUACAGGCAAAUUCCUCCUAAAAUUCCCGCAUUUUACCGAUCCGUUCUCCGAAGACGGUUGAUCCUUUGGUUCUUUUUUGCUUCUAUUUUGCAAAACUAUUGGAUGUCGACACUACAGGGUCGCUCAUGGGCAUUUGUUUGGUCACCACGCUCAACCAACAGAUGGGUGACAUUUUUAUUGGUACUCUUUUUCUAUGUUGCAAUAUGGUUAGGUACUAUUGGUGGCUUGGCAUCACUUUCGCAGAAGCAUUCUUGGAUAUUGCCAAUUUUAGGACUAGGCUUUGGUGCUCCACGCUGGCUACAAACUUUAUGGGGAACCUCGAAUAUAGGCUUAUACCUUCCGUAUUUUGGGAAAGCUGCGCCGUAUAUGUCACGCAUGCUUUGGCUAUGGCUUGGGUUGCUGGAUACUGUCCAGGCCGUCGGUAUUGGAAUUAUUUUACUCCAAACAUUAACACGAGAGCACAUAAACCUUGUUCUUAAUCUUGGUCAGGUUAUUGGAGCCAUAGCAAGCAUGAUUGGCAGGGCUACUUCACCUUGCCGAAUUGGACCUGCAGAUGUAUUUCUUGAUUUUACGUCUUGGCAACCGAAGGACGGAGCACGUAUUUUAGCUAGUGCGCCAUUUUGGAUUUGCCUAAUAUGCCAGCUUGGAAUUGUUGUUGGAUAUUACCUCUUCUUUCGCCGAGAAAACUUGAUGAGACCUUAAACUAAUCGUGGAUGGAUGGAAAUACUAGCUCAUCAUGUUUUACUAAAUUUGGGCAUUCUACGAAGUUUAAAUAAGAAUAAUACUAAUGCCUUCUCGUUCUUUGAUACCUACCUUAAUAAGUUAUAGAAGUUAAU